AUGUCUAAGGUCUUACAAGUGGAGCUUGAGAUGGAAGAGAGGGCGGAGGAUAUCGUUCAAGACCCUAGACUUAACUAUGGCUUGUUCUCCAAGGAAUUGCCAAACGCCAUGAAGGAUAUCUUUUCGGCUAUUGGAUGGAUCCCAAAGGCAGCGACCAUGAACGGAAUCCACGAGGUUUUCAUGAUUGCUAGGGCACAAACUCUCAUUGCGCUCUGUAGUACCGUCCCCGGUUACUGGUUCACAGUUGCAUUUAUUGAUAUUAUGGGAAGAUUUGCAAUCCAACUCAUGGGAUUCUUCAUGAUGACCGUGUUCAUGUUUGCCAUUGCCUUCCCUUACAACCACUGGAUCAAACCGGACAACCGUAUCGGAUUCGUGGUCAUGUACUCACUCACCUUUUUCUUCGCCAACUUUGGACCAAAUGCAACCACUUUCAUCGUCCCGGCUGAGAUCUUCCCGGCCAGGCUAAGGUCCACAUGCCAUGGAAUAUCAGCCGCAACAGGUAAGGCUGGAGCCAUCGUGGGAGCUUUUGGGUUCCUAUACGCAGCUCAGCCACAAGACAAGACCAAGACGGAUGCAGGAUAUCCACCGGGCAUCGGAGUCAAGAACUCAUUGAUCAUGCUUGGUGUCAUUAACUUCAUCGGUAUGCUCUUCACCUUCCUUGUUCCUGAGCCCAAGGGUAAGUCCCUUGAAGAGCUCUCCGGUGAGACUGAGGUUGAGAAAUGA